AUGGUGCCAGAUAAGUAUCCGAGCUUUGAGGAACUACCUCUUAACAAAACAGGGCCACACGGCAACGCGUGGGGUCUCUGGGGUCCAGACGACCAGCUCGGCACUCUCAAUCUCCUUACGGAUGAUGUCGUCGCACGUGCAGCCAAGGAAAACAUCAUCAAUGGUCAAAGGGUGUCUCUCAACUGGUCCAUGACCGGUGCCUCAUACCCAAAGUUUGCACGUAAAUUGCUUGAAUUGCAUACUAUCAACAAGGCGCCUCUCAAGCAUGCUCAUGAUGAUGAGUGGAGCUUCAACUCCCAAUGCAGCUCACAAUGGGAUGGAUUUCGGCAUUAUGCAUACCAGGAUCAAGCCCAAAGUCCUGAUGCAUCGGUGCAGCUGUAUUACAUGGGGCGCACUGCCAGGGACUUUGCUGAAUCACCUAUCCCGAACGGGAUACAACAUGUGUCAAGAAAAGGCAUUGCUGGUCGUGCUAUUUUCAUCGACUGGUAUGCCUGGGCUCAGAAACGCGGGCUUGAUGUCGACGCAUUCACGGCCUAUGAAGUGCCAUUCAGCUCGCUUAUUGAAGCCUUGAACGAGCAAGGCCUCAGCAAAGAUGUGUUUCAACCAGGCGAUAUCAUCAUAAUUCGAUUUGGCUACCUAUCGCAGUACGAAUUGAUGAGUCCCGAGAAGCGGGAAACGCUCAACAAUCAUUACAAGACGAACAAACCCGACAACAUCGGCAUCAAGCCAUCACAGGAGCUUCUUGAAUUUCUGUGGAACAACAAGAUUGCAGCAAUUUGCGGAGACAGCAGGUCGCUGGAGGUUUGGCCUUGUAAAGACACAGAAUGGCACAUGCAUGAGUGGCUUCUCGCUGGUUGGGGCAUGCCAAUAGGAGAGCUCUUUUAUUUGGAAGAUGUCUCUCGGAUUUGCUCCUCACUAGGUCGAUACAUAUUCUUUCUGUCAAGCUCUCCUAUGAACGUUCCGGGAGCUGUUGCAAGCCCUCCCAACGCCUUAGCCUUCUUCUGA